UUAUUGACUAAAAAAAAUUUCUUUCCAUAAUCGAAAUUUUUAAUGUAAUUUCUAUUAAAACAGCAUUUUUAAUAGUUUAUGAUAUUAAAUUAACACAUUUAAGCCACGAUGGAUCAUCAAAAUCAACAACAAGUCCCGGCAAAUCCAGAAAAGAAGCAAAAGCGAGUCUCUUUUUGGUCGCCAGAGGAGAUGAUAACGCCACAAAUAAUUCACACUGAACCGGACCACCCAGGAUUACACAUAAAUCAAAAUCUAAUGGGAGCAUCAGAAAAUGCUGAUGUUAACAACAGUCAUCAUCAUUCGCCGUAUCCAAAUUAUUCGAACAAUACGGAAAUGAAAUAUAAGCAGGAACCGGAGUUUAGACAAAGUAGUGUUGAGACAACAGCAUCAUCGUCAAGCUCGCCAAAAAAGUCUAAAAAAGAUAUUGAUAGCACAAAGCCAUAUAAAUGUUCACAGUGUGCAUACUCAUUCAAUCGUCGCGAUCAUUUAACGAGACACUCCUUAGUACACAGUAAACUUAAACCUUAUCAUUGCACUUUCUGUUCAAAGGAUUUUACAAGGAACGAUCAUCUACGAAGACAUCAACAGCGUGUACAUAGUGAAGAAGUUGCCGCAUCAUCCUUAUCUGACCUUUCUCAACGCUUUAUAUGUCAAGAGUGUAAAGCUAUAUUUUCAAGCAGUGGUCAUCUGCGAGCGCACAUUGAGAACAAGCACCACAGUGAUUUUAGCGAAUACAUUCAUAGCGUGGACGAUCCACUUCGGAAAAAUUUAGCACAAGGAACAACUUAUGUGAUGGUUGAUGGCAAGAAACGUCCAGUUUGUCAGUUGUGCAACAAGUCAUUUUCAAAGAAGGAUCAUCUUACACGACAUAUGAAUAGUUUACAUAAUUCCCCAACGUCACCGACUUCAGCAUUUGAGUCUUAUUCGCCUGAGAUGCAAAGCUUUAAUUGUCAGAUUUGUUCGAAGAGAUUCUCACGUCCUGAAUUCCUUCGAAGACAUGUUGAGGAUGUUCAUAACAUUGCUGGUCAAAUGGAGAUAAUAAAUCAUUUAAAUCCAAAUAAUUCUUACAACAUUCAGAACAGUUCUUUGCAUGAAAAUGGACAAAUGUUUGUUCCACCACCACCUCACAUGCUCCAAAACUCGACUGGAUUCUUUGGAUUUGAGAAUAACCCAAUGACAUCAUCAUCAUUGGGGCCAAAAAUAACAAAAAGUAUAUCACUGAAGGAACAUAAAUGUACCAUUUGUAACAAGAAUUUCUCACGAAAAUACCAUUUAACUAGACAUCAAAAGAGUCUACAUAGCGGUGCAUUUAAUGAAAAUGAAACUGAAAACGGAAAUGGAGAUGAAAAUGUGAAUGAAAAUUGCGUGGAAGUUAAUAAUUAAUAUUUAUAGCAUAUACACUCAUACAUUAAGUAUAACAAUGAAUUACUACGAUUGUAAAUUGUAUUAGAGUACUGAUCUUAAAAAUAAUAAUAAAAAAAGAAAUAAA